GCUUCACAACAGCAACAAAAUUUACCGAGUUCUUGUAUUUAAAAAUUAAAGAAAAAUAAGAUAUGAUUGCAGUAAAUGUAAUGCACAAAACUAAAUAUUUGUGGUUAAAUUUAUGGAGUACAAGAAAGACAAUAAACAAUAUAAACUAUGGAAUAUUUACUCGAUGGUAUUCGAAAAAGUCUGAUAAGGAUGAGUGUAGAAGAGCUAUAGUAGAUAUUCCAACGGAUGCUUUUCCUGACUGUCCCCAACCUUAUUUAAGAAGGAAGAAAAAAAAGGAGGGAAUACUCCACAAAAUCAAAUUGAAAAUCAUCGAGGGUGGCACAAAUUUUGGAACGCCAUUUCGCCGGGUGCAAUGUCCCCCGAAGCCGUGCAAAGAAGAAGUGGUACCAGAAGAGCCGAAAGCAUUACCGCCGCCUAAAAAGAAGGUGUUUCCGAUGCCUGAACCUCGGCCUGGUGUCCAAGUAUCGAUCCUUGGGGCGGAUACGGCGAUAGGGCAGUACGUAGCGUUGCUACUAAAGCAAUGCCCUUGUAUUAAAAAACUACGUUUGUACGAAGCGAAGGAUACACAGUGUACGGACUGUAGCAGAGAUCUAUGCAACGUAGUCCAGGAUCUUCAGCACAUUAACACCAAUUGUAGGGUGCAGGCGUUCAGCUGUGCUUGCUAUGAAUUGGAAAGGUGUUUACAGAAUACCGACAUAGUGCUGAUACUUGAAAGCGGAUAUUUGAACGUGGACAUACCAUUCGAGGAAAGGUUUUACUAUCAAGCUCCCAUAGUGAAGCAUUAUGCGGACGUAAUAGCCAAUGAGUGUCCAAAAGCAUUCAUUAUAGUGUGUGCUACACCUAUAGACUGCAUGGUGCCUUUGAUCGCUGAGACACUAAAAGAAACGAGCUGGUAUGAUCCUCGUAAGCUGCUAGGAUCACUGGCUGUACCAGAAAUGCGGGCCAGUACUCUCGCCGCGCGGGCUCUAUGUCUCGAACCACGCUACACAAGGGUGCCAUGCGUCGGCGGUACUGAAGGCUUUUCUUUAGUGCCUUUGUUUUCUAAAGCCAUCGAAUACUUUGACUUUGCUCAGCACAAUGCCCAGAUGAUGACGAACGCAGUCCGCGCAGCCCAGUUUGCCAUGACGAGAUGUGAUGGUUGUUGCAUUAAGGCAGCAAACUUGAGUGAAUCCCACGCAUUAGCUGGCCUGGUAAAGAAGGUCGCAUACGCGCUUUUGUGCCAAGACGUACCAAGAGUCACGGGCUUUGUCGAGACGGAUCCUAAUCAAGUCAUAUCCCCAGCCAGAUACAUCGCAAACACAGUUGAAAUCAGCGGUGGAGGUAUCGUUAAAAGCUUGGGUCUUCCAAAGAUGACAGAUUACGAAACCACUCUCGUCGAUAUAGCUUUAAAUGAACUGUUGGCCAAACAAAAAAUGGCUGAGGAGUGGUACUGCAAAUAUUGCAGCUCGUCUUGUAGACUAGAUGCCUGCCAGUUUCAAUUCUUUGCACCUAAAUCUUCAAGCAGGCUGGAUGAUUGUGCUUACGCUAAUUUGUAACAAAAUAAACUAUGAUAAAGUUUAUAACCGUUUAUGAAUGCAUAUUCAAUACCAGUGGUCAGUACCUGUCGUGAAAUUUUUGAGUCUUUACAAAAUUCCUAAUAAACUUUUUACUUGUAAUAGAUGUUUGAUUUCGAUACUGCAUAUUACAUUAUACUUGAAGCCCUCGUAAUUAUCAUUUUAUCACAGUUUAGGCUAUUUGAAUUUUUAUAUAUUGUUUUAUCAAAGCAGUUAACCUUUUAGUAACGUAUUAGUAAAUCCCAAUUAGUUAUCUUUUACUAGAAUCUCCUUAAAUUAAAAUUAGCAACCAUAACAGCCAAGUCGGUCUCUCUGCUUGACAUGACAUUUUUUCUAUAAGAGUCAUACCCAUUAUUAGUACGCUGGCAAAAGGAAUUGAGUCUAAGUUUUACAUUCAAGUAUGUUUCUAUAUAUAUACCCACUGUUUAACUGAUAUAUUCUGCCUUAUCCAUUUGUAAAUAAAAUAAGAAGUAUCAAAUGAUAUUCUCACGGAAAAAUAUCACAAGUAACAUGCUGAAACUUUUACUAACAAACUUGUUCAUGAAACCUCAAUCAUUUUUAUUUCUAUUAC